GCGCUCUCCUCCCCUUUAAGAAGCGCCGGAGGGGUGUGGUCUUCGGAGCUCCUUUAAGGCGCGGUCCGCAUCCGCCGUCAGAAAAGCGGCUUAAAGGCGACGCGUGGCGCGAUGGCGGUGGUCCCACGCGUGUUCCGGCGGCGCGGGCGGCCGCUCCCCGCGCUGCUGUUGCUGCUGCUGCUGGCACUGCCACCUCCUGGGGGCCCGCCGGGCGCCGCCGCCUACUUCCCGGAGGAGCGCUGGAGCCCGGAGUCGCCGCUGCAGGCUCCGCGAGUGCUCAUUGCGCUGCUGGCGCGGAACGCGGCCCACGCGCUGCCUGCUACCCUGGGUGCGCUGGAGCGGAUUCGCCACCCACGGGAGCGCACCGCGCUAUGGGUGGCCACUGACCACAAUGCAGACAACACGUCCGCCGUGCUGCGGGAGUGGUUGGUGGCCGUGAAGAGCUUAUACCACUCUGUGGAGUGGCGGCCAGCAGAGGAGCCCAGGUCCUACCCAGAUGAGGAGGGCCCCAAACACUGGUCUGACUCACGCUACGAGCAUGUCAUGAAGCUGCGCCAGGCGGCCCUGAAGGCGGCCCGGGACAUGUGGGCUGAUUACAUCCUGUUCAUGGAUGCGGACAACCUGAUCCUCAACCCCGACACGCUGACCCUGCUCAUGGCUGAGAACAAAACCGUGGUGGCCCCCAUGUUGGACUCCCGGGCUGCAUACUCCAACUUCUGGUGUGGGAUGACCUCACAGGGCUACUACAAGCGCACGCCUGCCUACAUCCCCAUCCGCAAGAGGGAUCGCCGAGGCUGCUUCGCGGUCCCCAUGGUGCACUCAACCUUUUUAAUUGACCUGCGGAAGUCAGCAUCCCGGAACUUGGCAUUCUACCCUCCCCACCCUGACUACACCUGGUCCUUUGAUGACAUCAUUGUUUUUGCCUUUUCCUGCAAGCAGGCAGAGAUCCAGAUGUACGUGUGCAACAAGGAGGUGUACGGCUUCCUGCCUGUGCCACUGCGUGCCCACAGCACCCUCCAGGACGAGGCCGAGAGCUUCAUGCAUGUGCAGCUGGAGGUCAUGGUGAAGCACCCUCCUGUGGAGCCCUCCCGGUUCCUCUCCACACCCACAGCUACACCGGACAAGAUGGGCUUUGACGAGGUCUUCAUGAUCAACCUGAAGCGGAGGCUGGACCGGCGGGAGCGCAUGCUUCGGGCUCUGCAGGCGCAGGAGAUCGAGUGCCGGCUGGUGGAGGCCGUGGAUGGCAAGGCCAUGAACACCAGCCAGGUGGAGGCGCUGGGUAUUCAGAUGCUGCCAGGUUACCGGGACCCCUACCAUGGUCGGCCCCUCACCAAGGGAGAGCUGGGCUGCUUCCUCAGCCACUACAACAUCUGGAAGGAGGUGGUGGACCAGGGGCUGCAGAAAUCACUAGUGUUUGAGGAUGACCUGCGCUUUGAGAUCUUCUUCAAGAGGCGCCUGAUGAACCUCAUGCGGGAUGUGGAGAGGGAGUCUCUGGACUGGGACCUCAUCUAUGUAGGCCGGAAGCGGAUGCAGGUGGAACACCCCGAGAAGGCUGUACCCCGCGUAAGGAAUCUGGUAGAGGCUGAUUACUCAUACUGGACGCUGGCAUACGUGAUCUCUCUACAAGGUGCCCGCAAACUGCUGGCAGCCCGGCCACUCUCCAAGAUGCUACCUGUGGACGAGUUCCUGCCAGUCAUGUUCGACAAGCACCCAGUAUCUGAGUACAAGACCCACUUCUCUCCCCGUAACCUGCUUGCCUUCUCUGUGGAGCCCCUGCUUGUCUAUCCCACACACUACACAGGGGAUGACGGGUAUGUGAGCGACACAGAAACCUCAGUCGUGUGGAACAAUGAACAUGUAAAGACCGACUGGGACCGUGCCAAAUCCCAGAAGAUGCGCGAGCAGCAGGCGUUGAGCCGGGAGGCCAAGAACUCAGAUGUGCUGCAGAGUCCGCUGGAUAGUGCUGCCCGUGAUGAGCUCUGAGUGGCAGUGGCCAAACACCAAAGCAGCCAUCACGGCUCAGCCUCCACAUGCUUGCCGGGGACCGUAGAGCCCCCUUGCACACCUCCAAGAGGCUGCAUGGGGCUUGCCAUGCAAGGCAGUGUCCUACCGUCUCUUAUUCAGCAGUUACAUGCACACAUUCGUUAAUGCGGUACCUGCUGUAUGCCAGGGCUUGGCACUGGGAGGUUGGGUGCCACCUAGCUAUGACUCAUCUUUUCAUGUGCCCAGCACGUUUAGCAUUUGGUCUACACCAGAUUCUUGUGUUACAGAUAUAAAUGAGGCAUAAUUAUUCUCUCAGUCAUGAAGCAUUUAUUGAUGCUCCCAUCAAGAAUCAGUCAGUAGUUAUACACAUUAUUUUAAUUCAUUUAAGUAUUUUUGGAGUGCCUACUGUGUGUUGGGCUACAGUCUAGGCUCCAGGAAUUUAAGAUAAACAAAACAUUUUCAUUCUAAUACAUCUUGAGCACCUGUUACGUGCCCGGUACUUGUGACAAAAAAAUAAGUUCUUGAUUUAGUACAUUUAUUAAGUGCCUACUGUGUGCUGGGAAAUGAAUAGAUGCUGGGGAUAAACAGGUGCUUUUCACUUUUUAAUCAAUUUCUUCCUCACAUCUGAAGAACACCUCCUAUGUGCCAGAUAAUAGAUACAAAACAGCACGACAAGUCAGCAGUCUUGAUCACUGACGUGUGAGCUGGGAUACAGAGAUGAAUAACACGUGUCCUUUCACCAUACAGCAGGCAUUGAACACCUACUGUGUGCCAGACCUCGUGGACUUUUAGUAGGGUUGGAGAACGGUUGAGUUAGUUCUUCCUUACUUCCCUGUUGCAGACAAUACCCUCCCCAUCCCCCUGCCCAGGAGGGAGGGUGGCUCUUCCCUUACCAGGGACAGCCAUGAGUCCCAGUGACCACGUGGCUACAUAUAGGUCCCCUGGGACCCCGCCCCCCCGGAGGGGGCAAGGGACAAAGCUGGGGGCUGGGUCUCCUGUGCCUACCCCUGGUCCUGUUUGCUUGACCUCCCUGCCCUGCAUCUCAGGUGUGGUCUCUGCCUGCUUGAUGGGGUUCCUCUAUCUAAGCCUUUGGUGGGAUCAUGUAUUUGGGGGCCUUGUGCGCCUCAGCCUCAGCGCAGGCUGGCUUCAGCUGGGAGCAAAUGUCAGAGCUGGCCAGCGGUGCUUCAGUCUUAGGAAUAAUUGCUCUCCAGUUCAGGUGCUGGAUAACUUGCCUUUUUUUUUUAAAUUAAAUGCUUCUAGUUGGUUUUCAUGUAAGUCAGUGUUUUCUUCUUGUUCCAGUUCAUUGCCAACAUGUUACCUACACUCCUCACCUCUGCCGUCUCAUAACAGAAUAAGGAGGGAGGCUUGAAAGCCCAGGAAACAAUCCUCAAGGUGAGGGUUUGAGGAAUGAGAAUUCAGGAAGUGACCCCAGGAAGUGUUGGUGAGAUAUUAGUCAAGGAGGGAAAGAACCCUGCAGGGGAUCAAUAAACAGUUGACUCUAAGGGAGCCUCAAGGCAACCUGAGUCUGAGUCUGCCCUGAAGAUUCCCACCCCAGGGGCAAGGAAGAUGAGAGCCUAGACCUUCUGUGUCAAAUACUUAAGGCUUGCCGUGAUCACUGAGCUCUUAGGGUGUGUAGGCAUUUCUGGAGCUCUUUAUAAAAUAAUACAGAUCCUUGUAGAAAAAUUGGGACAGACAGCCAAGUGAGUGAAAAAGGCAAAAUUAAAUCACACUUCUUACAGGUAGCACACAGUAUUUUGGUGGAACACCUUCCAGCCUUACCCACCUGUUCCCACUUACCUGGUACAAAUGGCUACAUGUUUUUCACAAGAGGAUCAUGUUCUAUCAGCUGUGCUGUGAUUGCUUUUCCUCUCCUAUCCAAACAAGUUUUAUUUCAUAAACAUGGGAUGAGAUUGUAUCUGUUUUCCAGCAACUUUCCUUUUCAAUUGAAUAAAGUAUUGUGGAGUUCUAAUCAGCACAGAUGUGUACCCAUCCUUUUAGCACUGUUAGUUGUAACGUUUGAUGGCAAUGCCAAACUGGGCAGUGAAGAGCAGUACACAGCAGAUCUCUUCCUGGAGUUUUUAUUUCACUGGGUAAAUUGGCCCAGGGGGUGUUGCAGGGUUGG